GCUCGCGCAGUUGAGGUCCUUGCAUUAUGGAAGAAGUGGUGGAGAACCAACGAUGGUAUGCGCUGUCGGGCUGGUCCGACAAGUUGCUGGAGAAAGACCCGCCGGCGUGGUCCGACUCGUCGCUGACAGUUCCCAAGGACAAGGCCAAGUUUGUCGACUACACGUGGCAAAUCUACAAAGGAAAGGCCGAGUACGACGAGAACGGAUGGAUCUACAACACUUCGUUUGACAAGGGGGGGGCGUUUGGCAAGAAGAGCGCGACGACUGUCGUGCGCAGCCGGGUCUGGAUGGGAUACAAGACUCAACGAGACGCCCAAGGAAACGUCGUCGUGCCAAUCCACACCCUGUUGCACCAUGCAUCAGGACCCACGUCGUUGAAAAGUCCACCCUCGAGCAGGCCCGUCCCGCCACAUUCAACAUCACCUCCCCAAUCCCGUCCACUGACCCCCACUGCCACUGCUCCUCCACUCACCUCCCCGACUGAACCGGUUCGCGUUGCCGUCGAUGUGUCAGUCGAAGUGGCGCCUGUUGCCAAGGACACGUCCCACACACCCCCUCUCUCCAUCGCGUUGACGGAUGAUGGGUCGAAGCCCCCGUCGUCGUCGUCGUCGUACUUGAGAAUCUUCUCCUCGGCAUUAAAUGCAGUCCAAGAAGUCUCUGCAUACGCCUAUGACACAGCGCACAUGGCGACGGUAUCUGUCUUCGAUGCCACUCCAACAACCGUGGUGCCGCAUUCGACGACGCACCCGUCGUCGGCAUCGACCAACUCGACGCGGCGAUUUCCGGACUUGAGCCCGUUUGAAAAGCAGCUCGUGUCGUGCUGCGCUUCAACUUCGUCCCUUGCCCCUGACAACGCACCAGAGCCGGUAGAGUCGCCGACGUGCACCGCUUGCAGCACUCCAUUCGGGCUGGCCAAGUACCGCUACUUUUGUGGGUACUGUGCCAACUCGUUUUGUCGCGACCAUCUUCCAUCGACAGCCCGCCUCCAUGCGUAUGGCGGCACGAAAGUUUCCAAAAUUUGCUCGACUUGCUCGUCGCUACUCCACCAAAAGAUCGAGACACAGCAGCGCCACUGGCGCGUCGAGCGCGUGCAGGAUUUUUUUGCGGGGGUGUUGCGGCCGUACGUAAGUGUAGCGACCGAUACGACUCUGGACAAGGCAUAUCGCGCCGCCGAAGGGACACUUGUCGCUGCGAAAAACGUGCCGCUCGGGGCGACAGCGCGCAUGGCUGUUGUGAGUGCGGACUUUAUUCGAAAGUAUGGCCGCGCAGGGUUGCUGGGUUUUGUCCUUCGCAACGAGUUCAUGCAGUCGUUCAACACGCUCAAGGAACUGCUGGGAGACAUGGAGUCGCUGACGGUGCAAGACGCAUCGCUCGGGAUGUAUUACUUUAUGGCGGCGAACCGUGGACUUCGCGGCGCGAGUCCUUCGCUGGAAGAGGACCAACACACGUGUUGCCCCGUCGUGUCAGACGCCUUGCUCGCCCGCAUGAUCAAGUAUGCCCCGAUCACGCUCCAUUGCGUGUACGAGCUCGAUAUUCUCGACAUGCAGCGCUUUGCUAAGCUUCAAGGGUACACCCUCGUGUACGCAUCGGUGGAGAAUCGAACGGCCAACCAGCCAGCCUUCGGCCUCGUCGUGAAGCCGGACGAGAAGCUCGGGAUUCUCAUGAUUCGCGGCUCCAAGACGGUCCAAGAUGUGCUCACCGAUCUUCAAAUUGCGUCGGCGGCGAACGGCGCCAGUUCCAAGGACUGUGCGACGAACGGGCCGCUCGAUUCGUUCGCGCACCACGGAAUGGUCAAGGCCGCAACGUGGGUCAAGCACCAAGUCCACGAUUCAUUGAAGGAACUCUACCGUCAUGGGUACCGCUUCAUGAUCAAUGGUCACUCGCUCGGCGGUGGCGUCGCCGCGCUCUUGUCCGUGAUGCUCCACGACGAGUUUCCCGACUUGGAAUGUUUUGCCUAUGCUGUACCAGCCUGCGCCAGCCGCGACAUUGCCGAAGCCUGCGUCCCGUACGUGCAUUCGAUUGUGCUGCGCGACGACUUUGUCCCUCGCGCGACGACCCACAACAUUGUAAAGCUGUCGGCCGACCUGAAACACUUUCGCGACAACUGGACGCAGUACGUCCACGAGGAUUUGAGCGCUGUCAAGUCGCGCGUCGUGUCACUGUGGGCGCCACGGAAGCGGGAAUGGGCCCAGCAGGAAGCUGCCCGUGUCCGAGGCGUGAACGUCGUUGUACCGCCAUCCGACAUCGAAGCGUCCACCGGCGACGGUACCCCUGCGGUGGCAGAAGCAUGGACGCUGAAUCGAUCGAAUCUCAUGGACAAGUACAAAGAAGCGUCACCGCCGCCGCCGUCGUCGAUGGCGGCCAAAGGCGACGACGACCCAGCCGACACUGACGUGGAUUUAGAGACCAAGGACUCGGUCGAGUUGUUUGUGCCGGGGCAAAUCACGCACAUCUAUUUCGUGCAUGGAAUUUACGAAGCAGUUCAUGUGAGCCGCGACUGCGACUCGCUGUCGCGCAUUCAAGUAUACGAAAACAUGCUGGCCGACCAUUUGGGCCGCAAUUACUUGGAGGCGCUCCGGAUCGUGCGCGACUCGCGGCGCGCCCAGGCCAAACCCCCCGCGUGGGUCCCGUUCGAAACGUACACGCGGUGCCAGUGCUGCGACAGCCCGUUCACGUGGAAUUCGACGUCGUCCAGCGAAGCCCAGGCCAACGUCGACCAGCACAAUUGCAGGUUGGAUGGACGUCAUCAACGGGGCAUGGUUUGACCAAAUGUGAUGGCUAGGAACUGCGGAUGGCUCAUUUGCGACGGAUGCUCCAAGAAGCGCGCGCCACUGCCGUCGUAUGGCAUCAACACGCCCGUGCGAGUGUGCGACCGAUGCUUUUACCAGCUCUAGCUUCACCACCACCCACUGCGCCUCUAUUUAUACGCGAGUCGGCACUUGUCUCGACGCUUUUUUUAUAUGGAGUUGAAGGGCUAUGAGAGCAUCCAUGGCGACGUCGCGCAAGCCCUAUUGUAUUUUUGGCCGCUGCAUGGCCAGCCAUGCAAGGAUUGCGCCCCCCAUCUCAAGGUGUACGCUGGCUGACGGUCUGCAUGGCACUUCAGCGGCAAGGGGAGUCUGGAUGCGGCGAUGUUCUGGACAAGAUGCGAUGGCAGGAAAAGCUACAAAGGUGUCCACCAUUCCGAGUGCACGAAUGAGAACACUUGACACCAAAUAUCCGCGGGCAGGAGCACACCAGGUCUAGACCUGCUUGGAGCGUGCGUCGACGAGUUGGUUGGUUUCGACAGCAGAACCGUGCGGGCGACUCGUCGAAACGCGGUGGGGAACGUGUGGUGGACGUCGCGGCUCCACUGGCGAUGCGCAGCGACCAGGGCAUAGUCAAAGUGGCCGCUUUCUCGCGCCAACGACUCGACAGAGUCCACUUCGGCCAGUUGCCAGAGCCCGCGGAGCUGCCGCCGCGUCGGGGUGCCGUAGUAUAAGUACUCGGAAACAUUGCCAUCGGCAGCGUAUUUCAUAUGCCAGCCGAGUUGGUGUGCCGACCACUGACCGGUGAUGAUACAGGUCUAAUGCACGAGAAAACAUGAUGUUGGG